AUGCCCGGGCAAGAUCCGCGUGUGCCCGCGGUACACGAUCUCGGAACUAACUUCAAUUCGGCAACGUUCCGAAGCUACCUUAAAAGUAUUAGCAACACCUUAAAGCAGAUGCUUAUAAAAGCCUAUCACAGCGUCGGGCUAGUAGAACGCUACUACGUCCUUGUGCGACGCGCUUUUAAGAUCGUCACAAAAGAGCUUCUAAAAGCCCUAAAAGAAGACCGGCUUCAAAUAGCUAUCAAAGCUAUCAACGACACAGCUAGACCUAAUAGCCUGCGUGCUACUGCUAUCAACAAAGCUAUAAAAGAAGUACGAAAAUGCCACGCUGCGAAGCAAGUUAAGGACGCGCUCAAAAAGAAGAAUGGCCUAAUUACGAAGCAUACCCUAGACCUCCUUAUUAGCUCACGAGUGCUAUCAACCUCAAUAAAACCUUACUACUUUGAAGUUGAAAAGCUGCCAAAGGAGUUGCAAGUACCUAAGGUAAAAGUAAAAGAAAAGGUAGAAAAAGAGGUAGAAGAUAAUCAGAGCGAAAGCGAAAAAGAGCUAGAAAUACGAAAUUCGCUUAAACCUUAA